CAGAAUUGUUGUUAUGACAACUGGCAACAAUUUUGACGUUUAAUAAUUUUUGAAUGGAUAAAUAUUAUUUUAUAAUUUAAUUAAUAAACUUUUGAAUAUUUAAACAAAUAAAAUGUAUGACGGACUUGACCAUUCUCCAAGAAAAGAAGUAAAAGCACCUGGAGAAGAAGAAGUAACCAAAUUUGACGAUGGACAGUCUUCUCAAAUUAAAGAUACUGGUAAUUUCAAGGACAUGGAUCCAGAUGAUUAUCAAUCUAAAGUAAUCGACCAUGUAACGUAUAAAAACAGAAAUAGAAAUUUCGAAAGAUAUUGUCAUACACAGAGAAGAGAAUGUGAGGAAAUGACAAAUAGACUGAAAGUAGCAGAACAUUAUGCUAUGAAAGAGAGGCAAUUGCAAGAAGGUAACGAUUUAGCUAGAGAAUUGGAAGCUAUAAAAAGAGAAGAAUUUAAAGAGCAUAAAUUAAGGCAGCAACUUAGAGAAAAUGCUCCCGAAUUAAGAGAUCUAGAGAGAAAACUGAAGGCAGCUUACGUAAAUAAAGCUUUAGCUGCACAAAUAGCACAAAAGGAAGCUGUAAAACUAAAUGAAAAGAUACACGAUGCACAAUGUUACGACGCCAUGACAAAGGCCUGGGUCACCGAAAAGGAACACAACAACCAUCUAAAACAAAAGGACAUGAUAAAGAAGGCUGAAUACAAAAAAGACCUUCAAGAACAGCUCAUAAUGAGAGAAAAAUCGAAACGUUAUCUAUAUGAAGAAUAUUUGAGAGAAAAGAAAUUAAUCGACGAUGUUAUUAAAAGAAUCCAUGACGAAGACGAAAAGGCUGCAGAAGAAAAAUGGUGUAGGAUGAAGAGGACUCAAAAGGAAAUAGUGGCUUUUAAAAAAGCGCAAGAGAAGUGGAAGAAGAAAAGGAUGGAUGAGAUUGAAGAAGAGAAUCGAAGGAUCGAGGAAUAUUUGCUUGAGAUUAGUACUCGACAAGAUGUUAGGGCGCAAGAAGAAGCGAAAAAACAAGCCGAAAAAGAAAAACUGCUAGAUAAAAUGGCAUUAGACGUAGCUAAAAUGAGAGAAGCAAAAAAAGAACGAGACGCCAUCAUUCAGGAACUCAAGGAGGAAGAAUUAAGACUGAAACAAGAAAAUAGAUACAAGGACGAGUUAAAAAAGAAGUUGAAAUUGAAGCUUGAAGCAAAAUCGGGAUUGAUGGAUCAGAUGAAGGAGGUGGAAGAAAAGAGGAAACGAGAUCAAGAAGAAGAGAAAAAGUAUAAAGAAGAGAUACUUGCGAAAAUGAUAGAAGACGAAAAAUUGGAACAACUUUCUGCUCAGAGAAAGCGACUGAAAUUGAUUCAAAUGAGAAAGGACGUUGAAAAGCUGUUAGAAGAACGCAGGGCCAAACACGCUGAAGAAUUCCAGUUGCAGAUAGCAAUCGAAGAGGAAGUAAACAGGGAAGCAGAACGAAGGGAUAAGAUAAUAGAAGAAGAAAGGGUGAAAAUGCUGCAAGAGCACGUCCAGCAUCUCAGCGGUUAUUUGCCCAAAGGAUUGUUGCGACCAGAAGAUUUGCCAUAUUUAAGUCCCGAUAUUAUUCAAGGUUUUAAAUCCAAUUCGAAUCCAAGUUAUAUACCGCCGGUUCACAGAAAGAGAUAAGAGAUUAUACAUUUUUAAUAGAUUUUACAAUAUAACAGGUCGAAUAAAUUUGAAUAUUUUUUAAUUUUUGUAAUAUUUUUGCAGAUUCCAAAUUAAGUAGAAUAGUUAAGACGUAAAGUAGUUCGCGGGCGAUAAAGGGACACUUUUCGCUCGCUAAACGUAUUUAUGAACUGGACUUUAUCGUCCGGUCGUGCAUAAAAUCAAAUAUUGCUUUUCAUACAAUGUUUUUUGACUUAAAAACCAUAAUAAAGCUACUAAUUUCGAUUUUCAGAUUUACAUUAACAAAUACCGAAUUUUUUAAAUAAUUUUUUAUAUUAGAAAAAAAUAAAAUAUCUUAAUUUUUUUAAUCCACAAAAGUAUAAUCAUUAUAUUAAAUAUCAGAGUUGAAAAACUACCAUAUUUCUAAACAAUAUUAUUUUUUUUACAAAACAAUUACUUUACACCUAAAUAAUUUAACUAAC